CCGAAUUGCGGGCUGCAGUUGCACCCUUCUCGAGACACUGCUAUGCUCUAGGUGAGGAUGUUCAUGAUAAAAGUUGCAUGACGUCAAGGAUCAGUCAAGCAACUAAAACGCCCUGCACAUAUCGUUUCUUUCACCACGGUUUGCAGCUGCAAAGUGAUUUUUGCUAAUGUGCAUCUAAGAGCAAAUCUUUUUUCGCUCGCUCCUUUGUGGACUCAAAAAAUGGGAAGAUUAGACACUCUGAGAGAAUUUAAUUUAUUGUCAUGGAUGAGAGAGGAAAGACAAUCGAGGAAGUUGACCCUGGUCAUCGUUUUCAUCGCCUUGCUGCUGGAUAAUAUGCUUCUAACGGUGGUCGUCCCCAUCAUUCCCAGCUACCUAUACACAGUUGAUGAUGCAGCAGCCAACAUGGCCAAGAAUCACACCACGGCCUCCCCACACACCCCUUCUGGAACCUUCCAGACCAUCGUGUCCCUCUAUGACAACUCUGUCAGGGUAACCAGCGGGGGCCCAAUGGACUCCACACCCAUACCCUUGGAUCAGACCCAGGCGGUCUCUCUUUCCACCUCGGCUCUCACACCCCACAACUCCACAGAGCCUGACUGCCCCAAAGCAGAUGACCAGCUUCUCAAUGAGAAUGUGAAAGUGGGACUACUUUUUGCCUCCAAGGCCACCGUACAGCUCAUCACCAACCCCUUUAUUGGGCCUCUCACCAACCGAAUAGGAUACCAGAUCCCCAUGUUUGCCGGGUUCUGUAUUAUGUUCCUGUCAACCAUUAUGUUCGCCUUCUCAUCGAGCUACACUCUGCUGUUUCUGGCCAGAUCCCUGCAGGGUGUGGGCUCCUCCUGCUCCUCCGUGGCUGGGAUGGGGAUGCUUGCCAGUGUGUACACAGAUGACGAGGAGAGGGGAAAUGCCAUCGGGAUAGCCCUGGGUGGUCUGGCCAUGGGCGUGCUGGUGGGCCCACCAUUCGGCAGUGUCAUGUAUGAGUUUGUGGGGAAAACGGCGCCUUUCCUCAUUCUGGCUGUUCUGGCUGUGCUGGAUGGAGCACUGCAACUGUUCAUUCUCCAGCCCUCAAAGGUGGAACCAGAGGUGAGUGUAUGGCUAUAG